AUGGUGGUCGAGCGUCCCGCUAUUACGCAACUUGGAGAGCCGACAGAGGUAGGAAGUGGUGCUGGUCCUGCUAUCACGGCAAGUCAGGUUGCUUUCAAUGCUGCAAGUGCGCCUAUGAUUAUGAACCAAGCACCGCUGCCGCCGGCUGCCACGAUUGCGAUUGUCAGCAUGAUAGUUCUGAGCAUGUAUCGGCCGUCUGUCCCUACAUUAAUUCCCAGAGUCGCUCUGGCGGAUGAUAACAGCUACCACCGCAAAAGACAAGCAGCGCUAUCAAACUUUGGCAUGGGCUACGUAUCUGCAAGUGGCACAAUGGACGAGUGCAGUAAUGCAAAAGUCUACCAACUAAUGGGUUACAAUUUGACUGAUCUCGACACUAAUCAGCCGGUUUUGGUCAAUCCGGAUGUUCCGUAUAUCAACCUGAGCAAUUUGACGAUUGGGACUAUCACGACACGGUUCGAGGUUGUCAAUAGCAUGUUAUGUCAGAAUAUUGUCUCGGAUACGUCCCAGUCUCUCAUUGCUACUCGAGGCCCCUCUGCGAUCAGCAGCAUUAGCUCCUCAGCUAUCAAGGAUUCAUCGCUCAGUUCUUUGUCAUCUAAUGCGAUCACCGGCACAUUCAGCCAGCCUCAAAUAGUCUCGGUAGCAUCACCGUCUUCGUCGGAGUCUCCGCUCUCACUGCUAAGCCCGAAUCAAUUUGAGUCACCAUCCGAGAGCAGCAUUCCCACCACUAGUUCGUCAUCAACUAGCCCGUCGUCCACACCUACUAUCUACGUCUAUGAAGGUCAGAGCCUAGCUGUUAGCCUCGAGGCCUAUCUCCGAGAUCCUACGGAUUCCGUGGCAUCUAUAUUGUCACCCGAGAAUUGGAUAUACGAUUCAGAGACUGGAGGCAUUUGGACACUACAUGUCGACCCGCCCGCAGAUGAAGUCCCAGAGACGUUCAGUAUUGCAGUAAACAUCAACGGCAGUGGAGAAAUCUAUUCCGUUUCUUUACUGAUCGUGGUUUUGGUGAGCCGUGAUCCAAGGAUAGGGCCUACACUCUCCUUGAGCACCGUCUUGUCGACUCAAUUGUCUGCUUUAUCGACAAGCUUACCAACUCCGAUCGUUUUUUAUGCGUACCCAGGUCAAGAGUUGGUAGCUUCCCUGAUUCCUUAUCUAAGGAAGCCUACAGACACUCUGUCCCGCGUCCACUCGGAUCCUUUCGAAGCUUGGAUAUAUGGAGAGGGAAGGAAUUUGAUUGCAGAUGUUUCUAUAGAUGCUGCGCCUCAAUCUUUCGCAGUCACUGUGUCCAUCCUGCCUAGUGAUGCUUGUUAUUCUAGCCUAGCUCAGUACCACGACUUUGCCCAGCCUAGCACUACCGCGUUCCUCAAGCUCUUCCGCUAUAAGUUCAGCAUCUUCUUCUGCAUCUGCGGUUGCAAGAACAACAGCGCCAACAAUACAGCCGACCAAAACAUCACCUACUCCAUCCUUGUCGAAUCGCCAUUCCCUACGUGGUCUUGUGAUGCCUAUGCAUAUCUAGUUCAGUCCACAACGCUUCUUCAAGUGAAUCUCACGACAGGAAGUUACAAUACAGUGAGCACAAGUUUGGGCAAUGGGAACGACAAUCUCAACGCUGUGAGCUACAAUCCGACUGAUAACUAUAUCUAUGGUGUGACAUCCAACGGCUCUUCUAGCAGAUUUGUCAGGAUAUCGGCUCUGGGCACAUCUGUUCUUAGCGUACCUCUUAACUUGACAGGAACUGCUAGUUUGCGCGGUGGCGACUUCGACCAGUAUGGCGUCUACUGGGGUUUUACACAGUGGAACGCAGUCACGACAUUUUACAAGAUCGACCUCAACCCGCAGUCUCGGACGUAUCUGCAGACCCUUAAUUCGAGCACGGCGACUGUGCCUGGUACAUGGCAACUUUACGACUGGGCUUUCUCAGCAACGCCCGGAAAUGAUGCGUAUCUUUAUGGACUUGGUGUAAACCCGACGGGUUAUACAAACACUCUAUUGAGAUUUACUAAAGACCUUGUUGGAGGAGCUACAUCCAAUAAUUGGACUGCUGUUGCUGCUGAAGGCCAUACCGCUAACUCGACAAACAAUAGCUAUGGCGCUAUGUUCUCUGUACCUGAUGGCUCGCUUUACGGCUGGGAGAAUACAGUUGGACAGAUCUGGAAGUUUCCCAUACCGGGAACCGCUUCAGCAUCGAUAAAUCCCAAUGCGACAUACGUGAGCCAGGGGCCAGGUCCGGGCACUAAUAUCGAUGGGGGCCAUUGCCCUUAUACUUUUCUCAACGGCACAGUUUAUAGUUUUGCAGGCUAUCCGACUUGA